AUGGGUCUCAUGGAGUUUUACCUGGAGAUUGAUCCAGUCACUCUAAACCUCAUCAUCCUCAUCGCCAGCUACGUCAUCCUGCUUCUGGUCUUUCUCAUUUCUUGCAUCCUGUACGACUGCCGUGGCAAAGACCCUACCAAGGAGUACGUUUCUGAGCCCCCAGCCCCCCAGCAGCAGUCUCCCAUCCGGCUCGUGGUGAUGCAAAACUCCCCGGCCUCGUCACGUUAUAACGAGCAGAACAACACAGCUGCCUCCAACUUCGCGCCUCUGACCCCUGACAUGCGCGAGAAGAGGAGCACGCUGGUCUAA